GAUAACCCUCUUGCGUUGGGAGGUGGAAGAAAUCAGACAGCAGCUCACUGAAGCAGCGAAGCUAAGUCUGAGCGUGAUGCUUUUGGCAAUCAGGUCGCUCGUCUUGUGAUGAAUGCUUCAAUGGAUGGUGGUCAGAACUCCCCGAUGCCACCUGCCCGCAAGUCAGCCAAAAUCCCCGACCCCCCGACGUUGACUGAUGGAAAAGUACUUCGCUUUGAGGACUGGUUGUUGCUGAUGAACCAGAACUUGGCUGCAAAUGCGGACCACUUCGACACGCCUCAGCUCCGAAUGGCAUAUGUUGCAAGCCGAUGUGAAUGUAAAGCCCAUAAACACAUCACUCCUCGCAUGCGAGACGAUGUGUUGAACCCGUACAUCGAUUCGAAGGAUAUGCUCGACCACCUGAAGACGAUCUAUAGCGACCUGAACCGUGUCGCCACUGUAAAGCAUCAGUUCCGACAGCUCUACAUAAAGAUUGGUGACAAGUUUCACGACUCUCUGUCUGAGUUCCUGUACCUUGCUACUGAAGCGGUGUCGCGGAAGAUGAUUGGAAGGAUGAACUCUACACCAAGUUGAUAACCAGGCUUCAGGAGCUGUGCAUCUCUGGCAGCAUCAAGGAUGGAACAUUUCACGACUUCUCCAGUGCUGUGUCCCAGACUGCCAGCCGCUUGAAGGUCAUCAACCACCGUAAUCAGAAGAAUCGGACUCUCAACUUUGCCUCAACCAGCGAAGAUACGACCAAGGGAACCAAUCGAGCGAGUGCAACCAUCAAGAAAAAACCGUCUUCUCCUCCAAGCAUCAGUCCGGUGGAAUCUCGUACCGAAAUCAACCGAGAGCGACUGAUGAGGGAAGGGAAGUGCUUCCACUGCCAAGAACGUGGUCAUCUUGCACGGGACUGUCCCACUAAAUCAGCGCUCUCUAAGUUGAAGAACCUGGAGCAGAAAGCGGGUCCGGAGGGUGAGAACGACAGAGGUCAAGAG